CACAAAGAAGCUGAAGUUCAAAUAGGGCUGUCUCAGCCUCCUGGAAAUGAUGGAGUGAAAGCUUCAGGACGAAACGCGGAAAAGCCAGCGCUCCUGAAAAGCAAGUCGCUACUGCAGCCUAUUGUCCUUGCGUGUCUAUAGCAGGAGAGCCGACGGUUAAAGAGACGAGAGUUAAAGCAGUGAGGAAGGAACAGGAGUGCCGGAGCUGCAUGUGGUGGCCCUUCCAAGCACGAUACCAAAUGCACGAGCCUUUUCAGGCAACAUAAUCUAGGUAGCUCGCAUCACAGAUGAAUAGAUUUCUUUUAGCAUGAGUGAUGUCCCUAUUUCUGUGGAUGAGCCGGUCCAUGAAUCGUUGAUUUGUUUUUUUAAAAAGCAAGUCUGAAGGUUGAAGAAAGAAACCCAAAGGAAGCAGGAUCGGUAAGUUCAUUCAUACAGAACAAUAUACAAGUAAAAGGACCAUGAAGGUGGCUGUCUGCUUGCUGUUAAUGGUUGUUGGAGCCGGUUCCAGUAAGACUCGGGAUCAUGAAGGCAGCGAGGAAGAGGAGGGGCAAGAAUUCAUAUAUUCAAACAGAUACAAGCGCUCCAGCGACACGCAGGACAAGUGCACCUACACAUUCAUCGUACCGCAGCAGAAAGUGACGGGCGCCAUUUGCGUUAAUUCAAAAGAACCCGAAAUACUUGAAAACAGGGUAAAUAAGCAGGAACUGGAGCUGCUGAACAAUGAGCUGCUCAAGCAAAAGAGGCAGAUAGAAACCCUUCAGCAGCUGGUGGAGGUAGAUGGAGGGAUCGUUAAUGAAGUGAAGCUCUUGCGGAAAGAGAGCCGCAACAUGAACUCGCGGGUCACGCAGCUCUACAUGCAGCUGCUGCACGAGAUCAUCAGGAAAAGGGACAAUGCUUUAGAACUUUCUCAGUUGGAGAAUAAGAUCCUGAAUCAAACUGCCGACAUGCUGCAGCUUGCGAACAAAUACAAGGACCUGGAGCACAAGUACCAACAUUUGGUGACCAUUGCAAAUAACCAGUCCGUAAUUAUUGGGCAGCUAGAAGAGCACUGCCAACGAGCGUCGGGCAUUAAACCAGUCCUCCAGCCUCCACAGGCACCCAACCGGGUCUACCAGCCGCCCACUUACAAUCGUAUCAUUAAUCAGAUAUCUACCAAUGAGAUUCAGAGUGACCAGAAUUUGAAAGCUCUGCCACCGACUCUCCCAACCAUGCCGCCAGUUACCAGCAUUCCAACGUUCACGGACAAACCAUCAGGUCCUUGGAGAGACUGCCUACAAGCCUUAGAAGAUGGCCAUGAUACCAGCUCCAUAUACCUUGUGAAACCUGAAAAUACAAACCGAUUACUGCAGGUCUGGUGUGAUCAACGCCAUGAUCCUGGUGGCUGGACAGUAAUUCAGAGACGACUGGAUGGGUCUGUCAACUUUUUCAGGAACUGGGAGACGUAUAAGCAAGGGUUCGGUAACAUUGAUGGAGAGUACUGGCUGGGCUUAGAAAAUAUUUACUGGCUGACCAAUCAAGGCAACUACAAACUGCUGAUAACCAUGGAAGAUUGGUCGGGCCGGAAAGUGUUUGCUGAAUAUGCUAGUUUCCGAAUAGAGGCAGAAUCCGAGUACUACAAGUUGCGACUGGGCCGAUACAACGGCAAUGCCGGAGACUCCUUUACGUGGCACAACGGGAAGCAAUUCACUACCCUGGACAGAGACCAUGAUGUGUACACAGGUAACUGUGCUCAUUAUCAGAAGGGAGGCUGGUGGUACAAUGCAUGUGCGCACUCGAAUCUCAACGGAGUUUGGUACCGAGGGGGACACUACCGAAGUCGCUACCAAGAUGGCGUCUACUGGGCUGAAUUCCGGGGGGGCUCUUAUUCACUGAAGAAAGUUGUCAUGAUGAUCAGACCCAAUCCCAAUACAUUCCACUGAAAUGUGCUUCUCAUCAGACAGAAGAGAAAGACUCCGACAGCUGUGUGUGCUAUCCAGAACACAUCUUUUCAGCAGUGAAGAAUGUAAUAUGUUGUACAUUGACUGUUAUUCAUCCAUGGACUUGUAUAUUGUAUUUUUCAAGAAUGGUUCCAGAACCAAAAUGAGAAGAAGCAUUUCAAAACACAGCUUAGUACCAAACUAAUUUGUUCUCAAAAAACAAAAUGAAACAAACGAACAGACAAACGAAACCAUUUGUCAGAUAAAAUAGACUGUAGAUAAACUGAGUUGCUAAGAAUACUGCCACAUCAAGUGAUUAUUUUUGUAUAUUAUAUAUAUUCUUAAGUACUGAACAUAUUCGAAACUGUACAGCAAGACUUUUUUUAUAAUAAAUUCAUUUGACACAGGAAAUUAUAUCCUUUCAAAAUAUGUAACUAAUGGAGGUACCUUAAACUGUUAAGAGUGACUGUUCUUAAUUUAAUCUUUGUUCACAGUCGAGAAGGCUUAGAGUCUACACAGUGCUAGCACCAACAGAGCCUCCUGUUUCCCAGAGCAAAAGGCAUUAUUAUAGCUUGACAAUAAAUCUUUUCAUAUAGGACACAACGAGUCCAGGAUGGUCUCUCCUCUGCAACUUGGAACAGACCAGGCAUUUUCUAGAAAAUGAACAAAAGCAGGUAUUUUUAUAAUAAUAAUUAAAAAGCCGUUUCAGUAGGUUUCAGCUGAAUUCCCGCAUAGUUUAGAAGCAAUCUAAAUUUUACUUCUUCACUACAUACAGGUUUCAAGCUAUUUUUGUACCUGAACAGUUCUUACCUGCUCUGUAGGCAUUGACACAACAAAGAGAGCUAUCCAACUUUGCAGGCAAAUGAUGGAUACAGAUAUAGAAACUAUUUAAAUACCCUUAGCCACUAUAUUAUAACCGUUGGGAAAGACUAUUUGAAACCCAGAAUUAUUUUUGCCAUAUUUCAUGAUUAUUGCCAAAUAUACACAUUAAAAUCGUGCAAAUAUAUUUAAAAUCAAGUCCACUGUAGAAACUUGAAAUCCUAAAUUCUAGUACUCUGCUGAGGUAAGCUUCCAGAAUAGUUUAUUUGAGCACAUGUUUCAUUAUCAGAACCGUGAAAACCAUACAUUUCAAAACUUUUAUUACCUCGUUAUUUCUCUCCUAACGUAUGAUGUGCAUCAAAAGUUUUGGAAUCUGAUGUAGCAUGUCUUGUAUAUAAAUGAAAGUAGGAAUUUUAAUAUAUUAUUGGAUUAUCCUUGUAAUGAUGCAAAUAUGUAAUAAAAG